AUGUCUCGUUAUAUUGUGUUUUUUUGUCUGUAUCUGGCAGUUGUACACGCUGAGUCAGAGAACAGGAAAAGAGAAGCAUCAGCGUCAUUAAUACCGACGCGACACUCUUACUCCGAAUAUCACAACAAAGUCGCAAUCCCAAUUCCACAUCCCGUCCCUAUUAGCGUUCCAAGACCCGUACCAGUAAGUGUGCCAGUCGGUGUUCCAGUCGACAAUCCACGCCCCGUCCCAGUAGCUUUUCCUCAACCAGUGGCUCACAUUAUUCCCAGACCAAUCGCAGUACCAGUCGACCGACCAGUACCGCUGCCAGUUUCUCAACCUGUACCAGUCACUGUAACACAAGGAGUUGGUAUCCCAGUACCUCAACCUUACGCAGUUAGUGUCCCAGCGGCUGUUCCGGUGAGAGUGCCCCAGCCUGUUGCAGUACCAGUAGCCGCAAUUGGCGGAUAUGGAAUUGGGGCUGGCAGAUUUGGGAUUAGAUCUGGCGUGUCCAUUGGUAGUAUAGGUUCUGGUAUUUCAAUCGGUGGUAUCAGUUCUGGAAUUGGAUAUGGUGGAUAUGGUUCCAUUGGUGUACCAUUAACAGUUUCAAAAGCUCCGGUUUCAGUUAUAUCUCACCCAUAUAUUUCAUCAGGUCCUCUCUAUGGGUCGGGAUAUGGGACUGGAUAUUGGUCUGGAGGACAUGGAUAUCAAGACCAUUAA